AUGCCUCCUCGUGGAAGAGGUAGCGGUUUCCGCGGCCGUGGCUCUCGCGGGCGUGGAGGGCGUGGAGGACGUGGUGGGCGAGGCAGAGGAGGCAGGCCGACUAGCCGUUGGGGACCCGAUAGGCGUUUUGACGGAGCUCGUCUAGAAGAGAAAGAUGAAACGAGUGAGUCUGAUGACAUGGAAGAUGAAGUCUCUGGCGGCGAGGUCUCGGAUGAUGAGGAUGAGGAGGCUGCCCCUGUGCGUCCCUAUAUGGCUCUGCUCCAGGGAUUCAAUGACGAAAAGGACGAGGCUUCUUCUCGCAGAAGCAAGAGGCGCAAGCUGGAUCACGGCAAGGCCAUCACCACGAGCACAGAACCUGACUCAGCGUCGGAGGCGGACGGGCAAGAGGACCAGGACAAUGCGGACGUCGACAGGGCCGAUGAGGCUGAUGAGGAGGCGGCCGACGAUGAAGAGCCGGCGCUGGUGGAGGACUCAUCCGACGAUGAAGAGGAAGGGUCUACGGAUCCCUUCAUCACCCACUUCGCCCGCCCCGACGAGAAGCUCAGCACCAAGCGCGUACAGGCGGCGAAGAAGGGAGACUGGACCACCAAGAGAAGUCUCGUGGCGCCGUGGCGUGUGACGUCGAUGGUCCCCGGCUCUGACGAUACCUCUGCCGCGCUGCCGACGGAGGUUUCCGGUCUAGACGGCUUCAAGCUCAAGAAGAAGCUGCGGGAGACGGCAGAGAGGAAGAUGGGCAAGCUUGGCGACAUCGAGAAGAAGGUGGGGCCGAUGCUGUUCGGAUACCGUGACCUGCUGUACUGCGACCGGACGGUCAAGGAUUCGCAGGCCCUGAAGCAGCUCACCUGCCUGCACGCGCUGAACCACGUCCUCAAGACGCGCGACCAAGUCAUCAAGAACAACCACAAGGUGGCGCAGGCAGGGGACAAUGCGGAGCUGGGGAUCCAGGACCAGGGCUUCACGCGGCCCAAGGUGCUCUUCCUGCUGCCGACGCGCAACUCGUGCGCGCGCAUGGUCAACAUCAUCCGUGACCUGUGCGAGCCGGAGCAGCAGGAGAAUCGCAAGCGGUUCGACGAGUCGUACAUUGACAAGGACAACAAGUUUGGGCAGGAGCGGCCGGUGGACUUCCGGGACCUGUUCGAGGGCAACGACGACGACAUGUUCCGGAUCGGCAUCAAGUUCACGCGCAAGACGAUCAAGUACUUCUCGCAGUUCUACAGCUCCGACAUGCUGCUGGCGAGCCCGCUGGGGCUGCGCAUGGCGAUCGGGUCGGAGGACCCGUCGGCGACGGACCGGGCGGACAAGAAGGGCAAGAAGCAGAAGGUCGACUACGACUUCCUCAGCUCCAUCGAGAUGGUGGUGGUGGACCAGGCAGACGCGCUGCUGAUGCAGAACUGGGAGCACGUCGAGUUCAUCUUCGAGCACCUCAACCUCCGACCGGUCGACUACUCGCACGACGUGGACUGGAGCCGGGUGCGCGGCUGGUACGCCGAGGAGUGGGGGCGGCACUUCCGCCAGACGGUGGUGAUGUCGGCCUUCAACACGCCCGAGCUGUCGGAGCUCUUCAGGCUGCACUGCCAGAACUGGGAGGGCAAGGCGAGGCUGCAGCUCGAGGCGCCCGGCGUGCUGCAGAGGCUGGGCGGCCCCGGCUUCAAGGCUCGCCAGACUUUUUCCCGCUUCCAGGUCGGGUCGCCCGACCGCGACCCGGACGCCCGCUUCGACUACUUCGUCACCGCCGUCGUCCCCUCGCUCCUCAAGCGCGCCAAGGAGGCCGAGGGCACGCUCGUCUUCAUCCCCUCCUACCUCGACUUCGUCCGCGUCCGCAACUACCUGGCCAACUCGGCCGACGUCAUGACCCUCAGCUUCGGCGCCAUCUCGGAGUACGCCGACGUGCCCGAGGCGUCGCGCGCCCGCUCCCACUUCCUCAACGGACGCCACCGCCUGCUGCUCUACACCGAGAGGGCUCACCACUUCCGCCGCUACCAGCUCCGCGGCGUCAGGAGGGUGAUCUUCUACGGCCUCCCCGACAACCCCCUCUUCUACGGCGAGGUCGCCGGUGGGUACCUGGCCAAGAGCGAGGAGGACAUGCGGAUCGAGCCCGGGAAAGGCACCGUCCGCGUCAUGUUCUCCAAGUACGACGUCCUCAAGCUGGAGAGGAUUGUCGGCUCCAAGCGCGUGGGCAAGAUGCUGCAGGACCGCGGAGACACGUUUGACUUUAUCUGA